UACUCUUCCCCGCCCCCAACACACCCCCACCCCCCAACUCUCUCCGUCGCCAUUAAUGGCGGAGGCGAUGCUUCUUCGAACCCUCUGAGCGCUCUCUCUCUCCCCACCUUCCCUGCCCCCACCUCCCCCACGGCGAUGAAGAAGACGGCGCAGGCGUGGUUCACGGGGGGCCCGACAAGCGGCGGCGACGGCGGCAGCGCCUCCUCCGCCUCCGUCCUCGCAGAGUGGAACUCGUACGCCGCUGCGAGAUCUGCUGAGGAGGAGGGAGGCGUCGGAUUCGACAUCGAGGCCGCGGUGAGAACCGCCAAUGACAAGUUCGCCGGAACCCUAAACGUGUUUUCAAAGGGUGUAACAGAGUUACCAGGGAGAUUUCAAUCUGCUACUAGCAGUGUUCCAUCGGGGAAAUUGCUCAUGUAUUUUGGUCUUCUCCUUGCCAGUGGGAUCUUCCUGGUUUUCAUUGCAUUCACUAUGUUCCUGCCAGUUAUGGUGCUGAUGCCCCAGAAAUUUGCCAUUUGUUUCACGCUUGGCUCUGCCUUUAUUGUUGGAUCGUUUUUCGCACUUAAAGGUGCCAAGUAUCAGCUGGCUCACAUGGCUUCUAAAGAGAGACUUCCUUUUACCCUGGGAUUUGUUGGAAGCAUGAUUGGCACCAUAUAUGUGUCUGUGGUGCGUCACAGUUACAUUCUCUUUGUCUUCUUCUCCGUUCUUCAGGUUGUCGCACUCGCAUAUUAUGCUAUCUCGUACUUCCCUGGAGGAUCUGCUGGAUUGAAGUUCAUUUCUUCAACUUUCACAUCCUCAGUACUGAAGUGCUUCGGCCGAUGAUGCAGCUGACAACUACGUUUUUGAUUCUAUUUUACUUCUCGCACCCUUCUUCUUCUUCUUCUUCCCGAACAUGCUAACAUGGCCCUUUGAUGUUAAUAGUCAUAAUUGGUUCCUUGUUUUGGGAGGUUUUUACACAUUUAUGAGGUGAUUCUAGCAACAUGAACUUGUGAUAAUUUGAAUGGUACAGAGAAUGAGGAUAUGAGCAUGCUAAAGAUGCGUAUACAUACAAACAAAACGAAAAAAAAUCAAGAGGAAAAAGAAAAAAAGGAGGUUCGCACUUUUGGUGGAGGUUAGUCCUUUCGAUUUUACUAUCCAACUUUUUUAAUGCAUUUUAUUAGAUGGAUUUAAUAGUUAUUAAGUAAUAGAAUUCGGGCCUAUUGUUUGCUUUGCCAGGAUUAA